GCGCGCGACGAGCGACACACGUACCGUCUGAAUGGGAUAGCGCGUGUAUAUACAGACGACUCGAGUUCGGCAAGGAGCUUUAAUAACGAUUUGCAUGUAAAUAGGCGUCAGUCGAAAUUCAUGAUUCUAUUACUCGCGAAUUUCUUCCUCGUUUUGUUCUUGUUGUUGUUUUUGUUUGUUUUAUUUUUACGAAAGAGAAGCGGCGCAGCGGCUUCCCCUUAUCGGUGUUCCAGGAUGUCAGCCUUUAACUUGGGUAAACUGCAGAAAUUGUACAGAUCCCUUACAGCACGAUCGAGGGACGAAGAGAUGCCCGAUCGGGCGGUUCCCGACUUCGAUUGCUUGCCCGAGGUGUCCGAGUCCGACGUAUCCGCGUCCGAGUCCGGCCGCCAACGUAACGACAACCACGUCGGCGCGACUCAGCAGGAGGACCAGCAGAACCAGAACGAGUCACCGUACUAUGCUGCGUCGACUCGAUUUUCCUCGGUUAUGAGUAUGUUCAGUCAAUUCGGUACCACGGAACAGGAAGUGGCACGGCAGAUGACGGGACCCGAAAUUCAGAUCUCGUCAGACGAUAUGACGGAGAAGGAAAUCAUGAUGGAGGCCGCUGGAGAGCCGGAAAACAUGCUGCACGCGGAUUUCUACAACAAGUUCGGCGAUAUGUUCGACGACCAAGAUCUCAACUAAAAGGACGUCGAGCAGUCAUUCACGGCUACCAAGUAAUUUCAAAUAUUUUCAUGUAAAUUAUGAAAGCUGUGACCAGAUGUUUCAAUAAAUAAUUUUUCACUCAAAA